CGGCAGCGGCGGCGGAAGCAGUGACUGGCUCGGGCCCGGCCGCAUUCGGUGGCUUGGUCACUAUGGAGGAGAUUGGCAUCCUGGUGGAGAAAGCUCAGGAUGAGAUCCCAGCACUCUCUGUGUCGAGACCCCAGACGGGCCUGUCCUUCCUGGGGCCAGAGCCUGAGGACUUGGAGGACCUGUACAGCCGCUACAAGAAGCUGCAGCAGGAGCUGGAGUUCCUGGAGGUGCAGGAGGAGUACAUCAAGGACGAGCAGAAGAACCUGAAGAAGGAAUUCCUUCAUGCUCAGGAGGAGGUGAAGCGGAUCCAGAGCAUCCCCCUGGUCAUUGGGCAGUUUUUGGAGGCUGUGGACCAGAACACAGCCAUCGUGGGCUCUACUACAGGCUCCAAUUACUACGUGCGCAUCCUAAGCACCAUCGACCGGGAACUUCUCAAACCCAAUGCCUCGGUGGCCCUGCACAAACACAGCAACGCGCUGGUGGAUGUGCUGCCCCCUGAGGCUGACAGCAGCAUCAUGAUGCUCACUUCAGACCAGAAGCCGGACGUGAUGUACGCGGACAUCGGGGGCAUGGACAUCCAGAAGCAGGAGGUGCGGGAAGCUGUAGAGCUCCCACUGACGCACUUUGAGCUCUACAAGCAGAUUGGCAUCGACCCUCCCCGUGGCGUUCUCAUGUACGGCCCCCCGGGCUGCGGCAAGACCAUGUUGGCGAAAGCCGUGGCUCACCACACGACGGCUGCCUUUAUCAGAGUUGUGGGCUCUGAGUUUGUCCAGAAGUACUUGGGCGAGGGCCCCCGCAUGGUCCGAGACGUGUUCCGCCUGGCUAAGGAGAACGCACCUGCCAUCAUCUUCAUAGAUGAGAUCGAUGCCAUUGCCACCAAGAGAUUUGAUGCCCAGACUGGGGCUGACAGGGAGGUUCAGAGAAUUCUGCUGGAACUGUUGAAUCAAAUGGAUGGAUUUGACCAGAACGUCAAUGUCAAGGUGAUCAUGGCGACCAACAGAGCUGACACCCUGGAUCCCGCCCUGCUGCGGCCCGGCCGACUAGACCGGAAGAUUGAAUUUCCACUCCCUGACCGCCGCCAGAAGAGAUUGAUCUUCUCUACCAUCACCAGCAAGAUGAAUCUGUCUGAGGAGGUGGACUUGGAAGAUUAUGUGGCCCGACCAGAUAAGAUUUCAGGAGCCGACAUCAAUUCCAUCUGUCAGGAAAGUGGGAUGUUGGCCGUCAGGGAGAAUCGCUACAUCGUUCUGGCCAAGGACUUCGAGAAAGCAUACAAGACAGUCAUCAAGAAGGAUGAGCAGGAGCAUGAGUUUUAUAAAUGACCCUCCCCACUACGGCACCACAGGGGCUAGGGCCUUUUCUUUCCUCCCCCCUCCCCAAACUAGUUCUCUUUUUCUCUUUAUCUAGGAGUGGUUUAGGUCAAUAAAUACACAAGAAUGAAAUCUGGUUUCAA